UGCAUUGGAGACUGAUGUGUUCCUGUCCUGUCUUUUCAUAAUACUAUUGCAGAUCGACAUAAAAGCCUAAAAGACAGCCGUGGUGUUGCUCUUCAUUUCUUGGUUCUCCUGUGGUGCAUAAGAAACCCGCUACAGAUGUAGUGGAGCGGUUCAAGAGCUUCAAGUUCCUCUGUGUCCACAUCCCUAAGAAUCUAUCAUGGUCCAAACACACCAACAUAGUCUUCAAGAGGGCACGACAAUGGCUCUUCCCCCUCAGAAAGCUGAAAAGAUUUGGCAUGGGCCCUCAGAUCCUCAAAAAGUUCUACAGCUGCACUAUCGAGAGCAUCUUGAAUGGCUGCCUCACCGCUUGGUAUGGCAACCGCACCGGCCUCAACUGGAAGGCUCUACAGAGUGGUGGUGCGGGCGGCCCAAUACAUCCCUGGGGGCGAGCUCCCUGCCCCUCCAGUCACCCGAGCCACAGACUGUUCACUCUGUUACCUUUUGGCAAGCUGUAUCAGAGCAUCGGGUCUCGAACCAACAGGCUCCGAGACAGCUUCUACCACCAGGCCAUCAGAAUGCUAUACAGCUAACUCUAGCUGUCUCCCUGCACAGACCUGCACCUCAGAGAUUAUUUGCACUAACUACCCACACAUCCAACCCCUACACACACAUUUACACACACACACAAACCCAUAAACUCACACACACAAGCACCACUCAGAACUCUCUCACACACAGUAAACAGUGCUGUUAUAUUAUAUGUAAUUUACUCUACUCCAUGAUCAAGCUACUACCCACUCUAUAUUUGUAAAUACCGUGUAAAUACAGUCCACUAUUACCACUCCUACUACCUCUUCUAUUACUUGUUAUUUUUGACUUGACUCUUGUAUUGUUAAUAUUGAUAUUGAUUAAUGAACUGCACGGCUAGCACAUACUCAUUUUUCUGCAUCUUAUAUGUGUCGAAUACAAUUUGAUUUGAUUUUAAAGGGGGAUACUUUUUUAUCUGAGAAGCAAGAUUAUUUUACUGUAAAAUGCGCUCUCUGUCGGGAAUAUUGUGGUAAGGUAAAAAAAAAUAACUGGUGUUGAAACCAAGUGGUACGGAAGUGACGUUCCCACAAUUUUCAAAUCUUUGGGCUCUUUCAAAAAGUGAGUUUCUCUGGUUUUGUCAUUGAGUACAAUACACGGUGUGUGACCUGAUGGCAGUGCUGCAGAAAUGAAGACAGCGGCCAAUAAAUACGAAUUCAAAGCGACAUCCAUGCCGUCAGACUUCAGUUUAGUUCCAAAAACAGCUAUUUCUAAGCCUCACAAAGAGAACGUACCAAGCUUUCUUCUUUUUUUGCAGAAAUAAUUUUGUAGCCCAAAUGCAUAAAGGAGCUUCCACCAGACAUGGACAGCAGCAGUCAGAACUGAAGGGUCAGAAUCAACUUUUAGUUGAAGCCAAUGAGGAACUGCAGAAAAUUUGUUCAGAAACUCAGCUAAAAGUUGCCCAGCUGGAGCAACAAUACAGUGACCUCCAAGGAACCAAUGCCGACAUCAAGAAACGUCUGAAGGACUGCCAUGUGCUACUAGUCGCUGGAAAUAUUGAUCCAGUUUUGGGAGAGAGAAUUGGACAAUCUGCACCGCAAAAUGAGGAUCAACAGCGAGUGGUGGUGAAUGUGUCCCGGGAUCUGUUACGUGAACUGUGGACAUUUGGUGACAUGGCAACAGAACAAAGUGCACAACUAACAGAAGUUCAAAAGUCCAUGAAGGAUCUCAUGGAGGCUCGGGAGCAUCUCGUGCAGGAGAGGGAUCAUUUCUCCUUGGAAGUUGAAGAAACGGAGAAGGCUCUUGAGGAGGCAGAGCAACUUUUAUUGGAGUAGAUACUGUAUGUGUGUAUAAGUGUGUGCUUGCUUUUAAUGUAAAUGUAAUUAUAAAACAUUUUGUAUAUUUCACCUAACUCACUUUAAGUUGUUAAUACUUGCAAAAAUAUUUGUUUUCACUCAGUCUUAUUUGAUUUGUCUGGAAGACUGCAAAUUUAAAAGCGGUUGGACUGCCAGUGUUAUUUUAGCCUGGGUACCAGGGUCGUCACUAGUUACCACAGCCACAAAGUCAUAAACCCCCACAUACAGUAUUAAUACAAUUUCUCUUAAAAUCUGAUUUUAAACCUAAUCACACUGCUAACGUUAUGUCUACCACUAUCUUAACGAAAAAUGUUUUAUUUUACUUUUUUUUAAAUUAAUUUUGACUGGCUGUGGUAACUAGUGGAAACCUGGUACCAGUCUCUUUAGCUAAUCCAUUCUUCCCUGUAUUUCCCUGUAUUGAUGAUGAUCUGUAGGUUACAUGUGUGCACUGCAGAGGCCCAUUGGAGGUUUGACAACGAUAGAACGUUGAGAGAGAAAUGAACCUGUGCCUUGAUUUUCAUAAAACGACAUGUGACCACUUGGUUACAGUGACACCAUUCUGCCGAGGACACCCAAACCAGUGGCCACCGUAAAGCCCAAGGCCCUCACCGUCUCUGGAAGUUGCUGUAGCCCAGCUUGGGAAUCUUUAGCCUAUAUUGACUAUUGGUUGGGACGCAUGGCCAGUUAGGGUAGGCUAUGUUAGGGUAGGCUAUGUCAGGGUGAUUUAAUUGGAAAUGUGAAUUGGGACAAGUUGGAAGAAAUAAUGCAUUUAGGUUAUAGUUUGAGAUGCAUGAAUACACCACACCAAAAGCUUGAUUUUUAUGGCCGUUUUUAAAAUGAAUUUUCUGCAAUUCUACGUAGUAAUGACUUAUGUUCACAACUUGGGCAAUUGAUUUGAUUAAAUCUAUGCAAAUAAAUUAUAUGAAUUGAUAGUUCAA